AUGACUUAUCCGAAUUAUUUGGAAAAGAAAAUUUCAAAAUAUAUCGCGAAGUUACAAUCAAUAAACCCUUUCAAAAGGAAGGCUUUUGAUCAGGGCAUAAUGGCAACCUCAGCACUCGAAGUCUUAAAUGGUUAUUUUCAAAAAACUAAAAUAUUCGAUUUACUUCAGGCAUUUAAUUUCUUUAAACAGCAAACAAUGUCAAUUUUAUUAAGACUUUACAAAUAUAAUGAGGAGCCAACAAAAAUUAUAGAAAAAAUAACAAAAAAGGCCGAUUUUUACAGAAUAAUAAUUUCCGAAGACCCAAAUUGUUAUUACGUUUUAAGUGGUUUGAAGCAAAUCGAAAUGAUUAACACUGUUAUUAUUUACGAUGGAAAUCAAGCUGCUUGCGACUGCAACGAAGCCUUACGCUACGGGAUUGUCUGCUCACAUAUUCUCGCUGUGAAAAAUUUCAACAAUUCUUUAGAAAUUGACACAAAAUUCAAAAAAGAAUCAUAUUUUACCAAACUCGAUGAAAAAGAAUUUGAAGUGUUCAAAUCUAAGGAUAUAAAUAUUCUAAACAUCGAGCCAAUGGACAUUGAAAUUCCUACAAGAGUUCGAAGAGAUUGCCAAAAGAGAAAUCGAAUUCCUUCAGAAUUUGAAUAUAAUGGAAAUAAAAAAUAG